GAUACACAUUUCUGAGACGCAUCUGCGGUGAGGUGAAGAUGCCUUGCCAAACGACGACCUUCCAGCCAUUGGCCGAUCGCUCCUAUAGCAUCUAAGCUAUGCCGCCUCUGUCUCGCUCUUGUGGGUCCAACUGCUGAUGACUGCUCCUUGAAUUUGAAGAGCUCUUUAGUCGAAAGGGAGAGUUUAUCUCCGAGAGCUGAAGAAUCGCGCAGAUUUCCUCACUUGUCAGAAAUGAACCAUCUCACCUUUGUCAAGUUGCAACAGGCAAGUUCUGAACACUCUGCUGCUUUUUGUGCUUAUUUCAUGGUGAUGUUGUAACAAAAGAUGUGAGAGGCCAAAUUAUUUUUCAUGAGACGAGGAGGAAACAUGCCUGAAGUGUCAACUCGCUGUGAGUGCUGAAUCAGCUCAGCAGCAGUUUUGGUUCACCCCUGAGCAGACCUGCUGGAUCACGCCAGGUUUUUCAUGUGAAGUCGUGGGGCAGGGCAGAAGUCAACAGACAAGCAUGGAGGAGCUGCUGAGCGGCUGAAGUUGAGAAUGAUUCAGCAGGAACGGAGCCACUCAUCCAGCGUUUGACCCGGUACUCCUGCGGAUCGACUGGACCAGAGGGAUGAACAAGAACGAGGAGACGUCGGGCAACUGACCCUGGCCUGGACCUCAUGAAGACCCUCUGGACAUGUCUGGAGUCGUUUCUCCAACUGAAGAUGUGGAGGCUUCAUCUGACGACACUCUCAUGAGAAGCUACAGCGCCGUUGCCUCAUUUCAGCUGUCAGAAUGUCUCGAGCUGACUACAAAUACCACCGUGUCCCAGACGUGGCCCGCCUCCACAGUGUGCUGCUGGCUGAGAAGACUGUCAAUGCACCCAUCCGGACGUUUUUGAGCUACGACCGUCUCAAGGUCAAGUGGUUUCCCCUGCAGUCUGACCUGUGCGGCCUCUCAAAAUUCAAAUUUGUGAGUGUCCUGUUCGCACUGACGCUGACGUUCAUGGUCGGAGCCUCGUACGUCCUGAGCGGGAGCAGAGACAGACUGCUGUUCAUCCCGCCUCCAUAUCAGAUCUUCACCAGCGUAGUUCCACCCAGUUCUCUUGAGGAACGUCUCAUAGACCUGGUGAAUCUCAUCGAGUCCAAGCUGGAGUACCCGCCCAGGAGGGCUCCUGAUCCAAGUGAGGUCAUGAGAAACGAUUCACAAGUAUUCUCUAGAAUUCCGCACCAGUUUCUUCCAGGGGUCAAAAGUCCCUGCUGGUACGAGAAGAUAUCCUCGGAAAUCGCUGCGGAUCUUUACAAAACCAACAACUACAACCAAAAGUCAGUCUUUAAAAGCGCAGCCCAACGUCUCAGAAGCCGCUUCCAACACCUCUACCAAGGAAAACAGCAUCGCCUGCGCUGCCUGCCGUACUUCUACAUCAUCGGCCAGCCGAAAUGUGGCACCACGGACUUGUUCUACAGACUGAUGAUGCAUCCGGAGGUCAGGUUCAACAUCAUGAAAGAGCCUCACUGGUGGACCAGAAGGCGCUUCGGUGACACCCGUGUCAAAGGUGGCUUCGAUGGAAGAUUCCCUCUGCAAGAUUAUUUGGAUUUGUUUGACUACGCUGCGUUUAAAAUUGAGGAAGCCAAAACCGGAAAUUCAACAGGAGACCUCAGCAGCCUCAUCGUCACAGGUGAAGCCAGUGCCUCGACUAUGUGGGACAACAAGGCCUGGAGCUGCCUUCACGGAGACAAGGGAGACUCAGGUCCUCCCUUCCUCGUCCAGGAUUUUAUCCACACGGUCCAACCCGCUGCCAAAAUCAUCGUCAUGCUCCGAGAUCCAGGGGAGAGGUUGUAUUCGGAUUACCUGUAUUUCAACACGGGCAACAAGUCGGCCCAGGACUUCCAUCAGAGAGUCACUGAGUCUGUCCAGCUGUUCCAGUCCUGCUUGCUGGAGAGGAGCCUGCGCUCCUGCGUGUACAACACCACCCUCUCCAAGAUGAUGGCGGUGAGACUUCACCUGGGCAUGUACGUCGUCUUCCUACUGGACUGGCUGACGGUUUUUCACCGGGAUCAAGUUCUGGUUCUCCGGCUGGAAGACUACGCCGUCAGCUUCAAAAAGUGCAUGAAGAAAGUCACUGACUUCCUGGCGCUAGGUCCGUUAUCUAAACCGGAGGAGGCGUCGCUCACCGAUCAACCCAUGUAUAACAGCCGGCGGGAAAAAGACCGGCAGCUGGGUCCGAUGCUUCCAACCACCAGAACACUUCUUAGAGAAUACUACAAGCCUUUCAACCAGAAGCUGGCUCGUGUUCUGGACGACGCAGUGUUUCUCUGGAGCGACACCUGAUGCUUGAGGCUGUUCUGAACGUCUUUAUGGAUUGGCUUCGAUAUUUAUUUUGUUUUUAAGAUGUGAGACAGUGAUGUGUUUGGUAUAAAUGUGUAUUUUUAUAAAA